AUGCCGGCGUUCAGCCGGAGCUGCGCAGCUGCCGUUGACACCUUCCUACACCUUGGCAGUUCUGCCCCUGCCAGGGGUUAUUACAUGUUAGAGUAUCAGCUUGGCUUUAACGUAGACUUGGAAAUCUUUGUUAAUCUUCAAUCGAAAGCUGUAAGAAAUGGGAUGUGUAACAAGCACGGAAAGGCUAUUACGCUGGACUUUAAGUUCGAGUUUGGCCAUCAUCAAGGCAGGACAAGUUCUGUCUGGCAUGGAGGUACAGCUACCAUUGUUCAGAGCCCUGGAGACGAAGUAUGGGGAAUAGUGUGGAAAAUGAACGCUAGCAAUUUACGUUCACUGGAUAAGCAAGAGGGAGUUGAAGAUGGUAUUUAUGUCCCAAUAGAAGUUAAUGUCCACACUCAAGCAGGAAAGGUACUGACCUGUCGAAGCUACCAGAUGAAGGACUAUGUCUGUGGUCCCCCUUCUCCUCAGUAUAAAAAGGUUAUCUGCAUGGGUGCAGAACAGAAUGGCUUGCCAUCUGACUAUCAGAAGAAAUUAGAAGCUAUUGAAACUAAUAAUUAUGCAGGACCAGUGCCAAUCAUGGAAGAGAUUGAAGCUGCUAUUAAAGCAAAGAAAAUAAAUUCUGCAUAGAAUACCUCUGCAGUUGCUUGGCCAUUCACCUUGAUUUAGAUACCUCUCCUCACUGUGCUGAUCAGCAGUUUCUUUAUCAAGAAAAUAUGAGUUUGUGCAUCUACAGUAAGCCCUUAGACGUGAUUUGCAGUGUAAAGACACA